CGACAUUCGGUGUAUAUAAGCGCGGUAGGAAGCGAGUAUUGAGACAAGGCAAGAUGAAGCUCACCUUUGUCUUCGUUUUGGUCUUUGUGACUCUUGCCAGUGGUAUACCAAGACCCCCACCACCCCCAAGAGAUGGUCGAUCACCACUACCCCCAAGAGAUGGACAAUCGCCCCUACCACUAAUAGAUGGGCAAUCAUCACCACCUCCAAGAGAUGGAAGAUCUCCACCACCACUCACAGAUGGACAAUCGCCCCUACCACUAGGAGAUGGUCAAUCACCACCACCGUUUCCACCCCCUAGAAGACCUCGUCAAGCACCAACAGGACAGUCCCUACCACCACCUAUAGAUGGCCAGUCUCUACCACCACUGAUAGGUGGACAAUCCCCACUACCUCCAAGAGAUGGAAGAUUUCGAAAACCUCCAAGAGAUGGUCGAUCACCACCACCACUGAGAGAUGGACAAUCGCCCCUACCACUGCGAGAUGGUCAAUCACCACCACCGUUUCCACCCCCUAGAAGACCUCGUCAAGCACCAACAGGACAGUCCUUACCACCUCCUAUAGAUGGCCAGUCUCUACCACCACUGAUAGGUGGACAAUCCUCACCACCUCCAAGAGAUGGAAGAUUUCGACAACCUCCAAGAGAUGGUCGAUCACCACCACCACUGAAAGAUGGACAAUCGCCCCUACCACUCCGAGAUGGUCAAUCACCACCACCGUUUCCACCCCCUAGAAGACCUCGUCAAGCACCAACAGGACAGUCCCUACCACCACCUAUAGAUGGCCAGUCUCUACCACCACUGAUAGGUGGACAAUCCUCACCACCUCCAAGAGAUGGAAGAUUUCGACAACCUCCAAGAGAUGGUCGAUCACCACCACCACUGAGAGAUGGACAAUCGCCCCUACCACUAAUAGAUGAACAAUCACCACAACCUCCAAGAAAUGGUCGAUCACCCCCACCACUGAUAGAUGGACAAUCGCCCCUACCACUCCGAGAUGGUCAAUCACCACCACCGUUUCCACCCCCUAGAAGACCUCGUCAAGCACCAACAGGACAGUCCCUACCACCACCUAUAGAUGGACAGUCGCUACCACCACCGAGAGAUGGACAAUCGCCACUCCCUCCUAGAGAUGGACGAUCACCACCACCUCCUAGAGCUGGUCAGUCGCUACCACCCCUUAGAGACGGUAGAUCCUCACCACCCCCAAGAGAUGGGCAGUCACAGCUAAGCGUUUAAGUUAGGCAACUUUGUAUGUUUUCUUUAGCGAAUAAUAAAAAUCAAACCUACUGGUUUAUGAUAUUAAUUUUUUUUUCUUCUUUUCUUUGUAAUUAAUUGAUCGUAUCACUGUUAAAUUUUAAUCAAUAAAUUUUCUUUCAAAAC